AUGGACAUCCUCGUCCAUGUCUCCGCCCCCAGCAGCAUCAGCGACGAUGCGCGAUACCGAGUUCAGGCUGCCGCCAUCCGGGCCAUGAUGCAGCCCACAGCUGGAUCUGAAGGUCAAGCGCAAGUCCAAGUUGAAUCAGUUGCGGCCGUCCCCUGCCUACCUGCAGACCCUUUUGCGCCCGAGCCCGAGACUCAGGCGAUCGCAGCCGAGGCCCCGACCCAGAUCGGAAAUUCAAUUUCGAGUCUCGACCAUUCCCUCGAUAGCAUCAUCAGCGUCAUUCCCGAUUCGCAGCCCACCCAGGCACCACUGCAAAGGGAAGAUCCGGAGCCACUAGAUCCUCUUCUCCCGCCUCCGUCCAAGCGCCGUCGUUCCGAAGUACUACAAUGUACUUCUGUCACCCCUGCCCCUGCUCCUGCCCUUCCUCGCUUAUCCCCGAGUCCAAGUCCAUGUCCAAGUUCUAUCCCGCCCCCAAUCUCCACGGGCUCACACUCAGACUACACCUUGUUCACUCAACUACCCGUAGAAAUCCGGCCCCCUCCACCCCCAAUCUCCACAUCCCCCUUCACCACUCACAUCACACCCACUCUAUGCAUGCUCGUCGACCGACUCAAUCCAGCCCGUAUCUAUAAACCCAUCCGCCAAGUCCGGGUUCUCGAUACCCUGGAGCGCGGGUACUGGGUCGUGCAGAUCCCUAUCCGUCCGGACCCGCCUGCAGGCACUAUCGGGGCUAGAGGGGAGUCUUGCUGGAAUGGGGAAUUGUUCGCGAGGUUUUGGGGAUUUUUGAGCGUUUUUAUUGGACAGGAGGGGGAGGGCCGGUUGGGGGGUUUGGUGUAUUCUGGAAAGGGUCGAAGAUCAGGGAUUAGGAUUAGGACUAGAGGAGGGUCGGGAUGA